AUGUCCAAAGAAGAGGCUAAAGAAGAGGCUAAAGGCAAUCCGAUCGUGAUGCAGGCCGCUCCUCGCGCCAACAUUCAGGUGGCACUACGAGGCUACCCUGAGGACUAG